CAGUUUCUUGACCUUGCUGUUGGGUAGCCUGUGGUUCAAGAUGGACGACAAGACGAAGGUGUUAAUCAAAGAGACAGAAAGAGAAGGCUAUGAAUACAAAGAAAUGCCAAUACCUGAGCCAGGCAAGGGAGAACUUCUGGUUAAAGUACUGCUCGCUUCAAUCUGUGGCUCUGACAUAGCUUUAUACAAAUGGAACGAAAUCGCAAAGGCAAUAGCUACUCUACCUUUUAUCCCUGGUCAUGAAUGCGUUGGUGAGGUUAUGAAGGUUGGUUCAGGAUGUGGCGAUGAAUACACAGUUGGACAACGUGUGUGCUGUGAGAAUCACUUUUACUGUGGCAAAUGCUAUCAGUGCUUACAUGAUCAAAGACACAUUUGCCAAAACCUAAACCAGUAUGGGCAUGGAAGAGGCACAAUAUAUGGAGGUUGUUCCCAAUACACAAUCAUCCCAGCCAGAUAUGCUUACAUUUUAAAGACUGAUAUUGAGUCAAAAAAGGCUUGCUUGUUGGAACCAUUUGGUGUCGCACACCAUGCCAUGGAAGCUCUGAAGCCUUCUGGUGAAUCGGUCCUUGUCCUAGGGUGUGGACCUAUUGGAUUACUUGCCAUAGGAAUUGCCAAAGCAAUGGGAGCUGCAAAAAUAAUCGCUACAGACAUUAUAGAGUAUAGACUAGAUAAAGCAAAACAAAUGGGAGCAGAUGUUGUUGUAAACUGCAAGAGAGAAGGCCUCAAGGAAAUAGUGUUUCGAGAGACAUCAGAGGAUGGUGUCGGAAGAGUGAUUGAAUGUUCAGGUGCUGCACCACUGCUGAACAGCAGUUUUUCAUUUCUUAGGAAAGGAGGGAGGAUAGUUCUAGUGGGUCUACCAAAGCAACCUCUUCAUAUAGAGAAUGUCUUGAGGGAUAUUGUCUUCAAAUCUAUCACCAUGAAAACUGUACAUGGUCGCAAAAUCUUCAGUACUUGGGAGAAAUCCGAGCAGCUUAUUUACGAGAACAAAGUUGAUGUCCUCCCCCUGAUAACUCAUGAAAUACCAAUGAGUAGAUUUGAAGAGGCUUUUCAGCUUCUUUUCAAUGCACAAGGGUGCAAAAUCCUAUUAGAUCCACAAAAGUAAACCAGCUCUCCACAAUUGAACCACACAAAGGAAGUGGAGAUUAUGGAAAUUACAUGCAAUCUGUGAUCAAACUGAGUAUAUGCGGCAUCCCCCCUGCCCCUUGCUUGGAUCCGAAUACCUGUGUUAAAUGUAGUGUCAUUGAGUUUUCCCAAUGAAUCUAUGUUCUUAAAAAUUGUGGGUGAAUGCGAAGGGUCUUUGAAAUCCUGGUAAUUUUGAGCUUAUAGUAAAUUUUAAUGAGAUUCAAAUGAUUUUAACUGCAAAAUUUAUAUGUCCACUAAUAAUGUGAAAAUCCCUUCAAAAUAUUUUAAUCUAUUUUUUAUAAAAUACAUUACAAAUGAAAAUAUAUUUGUUGUAAAAUAGGAAUGACAAUACAUUAUUAAAAUACAAAAUUAUUAGCAGGCACAAAAA